AUGAAGCUGUGGUUAGUCUGGUUUUGUCUCGCGUUUGUAUUUUCGUGCUACGGUGCACAUUUGGACCCUACUGCGCACGGUAUAAGCUAUGGCAAAAUACUCAAUCAGGAAGAAGAUGCGUUGAGUGGAAUAUUUUCGGAAGAGAGUUCGUAUAGUGGCCAAUAUUCAACGUCGGAUGAUGAAGACGCCUCUAUUUUCGAACAUUGGUUUAGUACAACGGUGAAUCUCGAAGAAAACACUGCAGUUGAUGAGUACAGUACUGAAAUACCUGAGGAAUUAGGUCUGCUCAGUGAAAUGCCCAUCAUAGAAGAAGAUUGGUUCAACUAUAUAGAUUGGAUGGAGUCAAAGUUAAGGAUCGAAUAUACACCAUAUUCGGCUUUGCUCUAUCAAGAGGAUGAAUUUGGGAUAGAGUUCUUGUGCCCAGGCUAUUGGCUAAAAAAGGAUAUGUUACUGGUUCGCGGAGACUGUUGGUCGAAGGAUAUGGAUCUGAAGAUUGAAGAUGCGGUUGAUGAAGUUUUCUUGAAAAGAGAUUUAAAUUUAAUGAUUCUACGAUUGCUUCCAAAUUUAAGUCCUUCGGAAGAACAAGAACCACUUCAUUUGGCAAUCAUUCGAGACCAUACCCCUGGGUCCAUUAACGAUUGUGCAUUGUAUGUUCUGCAGGAAGAUUACGGAUUGUUUGAGUUGUAUUCCUGGGCCAUCCGACCGUUGCCUUUCAAACGCGCAAAGGCAUUGUGUAGCGAGAACCACAUUUGUCUACGAACACGUGCAUCGGCUGCGUAUGGGUUGGAUUAUGCGCUAAUUUGUGACCAAUCGUUAGCCGGUAUGCUAACCAUGGAUCGGACGAAAUACGAGCGGGUAUUCGGGAAAUUAACUCUCAUGAACUUAUCGGUGGCGAAGCCUUGGAUUGAUGCAAUACUGGAGGAGACCGAAGGAGAAAAUGAAUCCUCAGACGAACAGGUGACCGAAUUCCUUUCGCUUUCUUUAACUCCGAUGUCACCAGCUGAGAUGAAUAUCCACGAAGGCGACGUUGUUUGA